UUCACAAAUAAAAAGCUAAAAAAGGUUAAAUUCUUCAAGAAAGCUAGUAUAAGAUACCAUAUCAAAGGCUAAGACUACAGUACCAAAAAGCUACUAUUACAGUAUGACUACUAUUAAAAGGCCAGUGGAUUAGGAAAAAGAAAAGGGCGUUGCAAUUUAAAAAAAAAAAAGUUCCUACCGUUGGAUACAUUCCCGUUAUAUCAAUCCAGCGGCCAACAUCUCAAGUUGACAACUAUAACGUACAUCCUACGCCCUUAGGCCUCUCGCUCGCUUUAAGAAAAUCUCAAAUUUUCAGAAACUCUAAAGCCCUCUCUCUUCCCUUCUGUCUGCAACUUCUUUUUUUUUCAAGGAGACAAAACCAAGGCGCUACUAUUAAUUAAUUAAUUAAAAUUUUAAUUAACCCAUUAAGGGUGAGAGCGUUUUGGACCUUUUGUUUUUUUAUUUUUUGAGAGUUUUAAUCGCUUAAAUUAAUUUUGCUAUGGGCAGCACAUUUCUCUCUAUUCCAACAAAGCGAGCCAUGCCCGACCCGACCGCUUCUUCCAACGGACCCUCCAAGCGUUCCAAGCCUCCGUCUACUCCUCUCUGUAUUCGCCCUGCCCACGUUGCCUUCCGUCUCCUUUGCCACGUGUCCCGUGUCGGCGGCAUCAUCGGCAAGUCAGGUAGCGUCAUCAAGCAACUGCAGCAGGUUACCGGUUCCAAGAUCCGAAUUGAGGAUGCCCCCGCCGAAAGCCCUGACAGGGUUAUUACCGUCGUAGGGCCGAGUGCUGUUAAUACCAAGAUUAUGCUGAAUAUUGGUAGCCUUGGCAAUGGUGACGAUAGUAGAGUUGAGGAAAUCGAUGUUUCCAAGGCUCAGGAGGCAUUAGUGAGGGUGUUCGAGAGGAUUCUGGAGGUGGCGGCGGAGAGCAAUGGAGCAGCCUUGGGGAUGGUUUCUUGUCGGUUAUUGGCGGAGGUUAAGCAAGUUGGGAGCGUGAUAGGGAAAGGAGGUAAAGUGGUGGAGAAGAUAAGGGAGGAUACCGGGACCAAAAUUAGGGUUUUGACGGAUAAGCUACCUGCUUGUGCCGGCCCCACGGAGGAGAUUGUGGAGAUUGAAGGAGGUGUUUUAGCGGUAAAGAAAGCACUCGUUGCUGUCUCACACCGCCUCCAAGAUUGUCCUCCUGUCAAUAAAACAAAGGUUACUGAAAACAGAACCAUUGAAUCAGUUCUGCCAGAGACUUUACAUAGACCUAUUGAGUUACUUCCUGAGGAGACUUUGCACAGACCAAUUGACUUGCUUCCCAAGGAGACUUUGCACAGACCUAUUGACUUACUUCCCCAGGAGACUUUGCGCAGACCUAUUGACUUACUUCCCCGGGAGACCUUGCGCAGACCUAUAGAGGUGGUUCCCCAGGACCCAUUGUGCAGACCGAUUGAUGUUGUUCCACAGGAAUUUUUUCAUAGACAUAUUGAGGUUGUUUCGCAGGAGGCUUUAUCUGAUCUGCAUGUAGAUCAUCUUUCACAGCGUAGUUCCCUGGUACCUAGUAUACCCGGUAGCUCCAUCAGUUAUGCUACCAGAGCUCAUCCUUUGUCUCUGGAGUCCGAGAAGGCUCCUCCUUUGGAUACAAAAACAAUGCAGCAGGAAGUGGUUUUCAAAAUUCUUUGCCCCAGUGGUAGGGUUGGGGGUGUUAUUGGAAAGGGAGGUGCAAUUAUUAAGGCUCUUCAAAGUGAUACAGGUGCUACUAUUACUAUUGGAGCUACAAUCACUGAUUGUGAUGAACGGUUGAUUACUGUUACUGCAUCAGAGAACCCAGAAUCACGGUAUUCUCCGGCACAAAAGGCUGUUGUCCUUGUUUUUGUAAGAGCUUUUGAGGCCUCAAUUGAAAAAGGGCUAGAUUCAGGCUCAGGUAAGGUUUCAAAUGUGACUACUCGGGUCGUAGUUCCAUCAAGCCAAGUUGGUUGUCUCUUGGGAAAAGGAGGGGCAAUAAUUUCUGAAAUGCGUAAAGCAACUGGUACCAUCAUGCGAAUUUUGGGAACUGACCAGGUCCCUAAGUGUGUCACUGAAAAUGAUCAAGUGGUGCAGAUUUCAGGAGGGUAUUUGAAUGUAAGAGAUGCUAUAUAUCAUGUGACUGGUAGACUACGAGAAAACCUAUUUUCUACCACACUGAAAAGUGCUGGAGCAAAAAGCAGUUCCUUGGUUUUAACUGAGACCAGUCCUUAUGAAAGAUUGUUGGAUGCUACCCCUUUUGGCUUGCAAGUGUUGAGUGGUGUUUCUCAUAGUCUUAGUCGGCAUACUACAUUAGCAUUGAAUCGUAUGGAUCCCCUUGGACUUUCUCAUAGUUCAGAUCGCCCUCGAUCACCAGGAUUGUGGACAUCAGAGCAGAUGGCUACUGGACUGAAUCCAAGGAACAUCGUAGAUAUUGGCAGAGGAUUAACUUCUUUUAGAGGUGGAUUUGAACUUUGCAGUGGAAACAAAUCUGCUAUUGUGACAAAUACAACUGUAGAGAUUAGAGUUCCUGAGAAUGUUAUUGACUCUGUUUAUGGGGAGAAUGGUCGCAAUCUAGCUCGCUUAAGAGAGGUACAGGAAGUAUUGUUACUUCUUGGUGGGUAUGAAAUCCCUUCAGGCAUUCCUGCGUUGGGGACAGUUUCUGUUACUCAAAGGGGCAUGGGUGACUUUCCUGGGAGGUCAAUUCAACCACAGAGAGCUGCUUCUUUAAACCGGUUCCGGGAGAAGAGAAAAGAGCGGUGCUUUGAUAAGAAAAUCCGCUAUACCGUGCGGAAAGAAGUGGCUCUCAGGAUGCAACGUAAGAAGGGUCAGUUCACAUCAUCCAAGGCGAUUUCUGAUGAAGUAGCCUCAGCCUCUUCAGGCUGGAGUGGAGCAGCAGGUUCUGGACAAGAUGAGAGCAUGCAAGAAAUUUUAUGUACACACUGUGGAAUUAGUUCUAAGAAAACUCCUAUGAUGCGUCGUGGACCUGCUGGUCCAAGGACUCUUUGCAAUGCAUGCGGACUCAAGUGGGCAAAUAAGGGUGUCUUGAGAGACCUUUCAAAGGUUUCCACAGCAGCAAACCAGGAUCCGACUGCAAAGACUACUGAGCAGAAUGAUGCUGAAGCUAGUGAGUCAGAGGGUGUAACUUUGACUACAGACGUUGUAUCUUUAUCUAAUGGAGAUAACUCCGCUGUGACUGCUGAAAGAUGAGUAACAAGUUCCUUCCAUUGUGGUGAGUGCUAUGUUACUUGCUGUUUGAAAGCAGAUGUCAAACUUUGUUGUAAUAAUUGAGUUCGUUUGACAACUGUAUAUAUGGUUCAUUGCCUAUGAUCCUUAUGUAAAUGAUUGCGCAAUUGCAAAAUACAGCCUAAUUAGUUUCUGUCAGUCAGGAGUAAAACAAAACUUAGGAUCACUUUAACAUUAGCAAUUGUUCUUGUUUCACUAUAUGUUGAAACUAGCAGCUUGUUUUGACAAUUUCCUUUCUUAUCACACAAAAGUGGAAAUACUUGUGUGUGAAAAAUAACUUUGAUAAAGGGAGCUUGAACCAUUGAAUGUCCCAGUUUUUGAGGCUGCUAUGCCAAAGAA